AAAACUCAGAAAAUAUCAGAAACUACAUCGCUGUUGUUCGAAUUAACAACAUUUUUAGAAAACAUCAAAUUAUCUUGCUUUAAUCAGGGCGUUACUUGGUGUAUACGUAGAACAGUAGAUUUUUUCCUACUUGUUGGAAGUGAAAGAAGGAAUGUGAUACGUUGGAAAAUCAAAGUUACACAGUUACAAAGUUUUAACUUCUAACUUAAAUUAAUUAAAACGAACACCGAGUCCUCUGUGUGUUACUCUGUGAUUUUAAGUGUAUCGACAAAAAGAAAUUAACUUGAAGCGAACAAAUAGACUGAAUAGUUCCAAUAAGUUCUGAGUUAACGGUUUGAACGGGUGUUUGUUAUUCUUAUAUUACCGCAGAAACGACCAUCAAUAUGUCGUACUCUGUGAACAUUACAACAAGAACUACCAGUAGCUCUAACGCAAUCUUUCUGAAUUACGGCUACUGCAAGACCAUUCCAGGAUUAUUGAAACUCAGUGAAUUGAUUCUCGGCAUUAUUACCGUCGGCGUCACAGUGCAUUAUUAUACUCAUAACUUGAACAUAAUAUCUGGCGAUCUCUUCUUCUUGCUGAUGGCAACCACAUUUAUGGUAGGAACAUUUUGCUUGCUGUUCUCAUAUGUUUUAUCGUGGAAAACGGCUGUAAUACCGAAAACGAUGUUUGAAAUCGUCUACCAUGGUAUUGCAUUCAUCUUGUUGUUAGCGGCGUCGAUAACGCUGCUGGUAAAAGUCAAAGAUUUGCAUUGGUUUCGUCGUGACGUUUACGAUGCUUAUAUGGCCAGCGCUAUUCUGGGACUUAUUAAUUCUGUGCUGUACUUGGCGAGUACGGUAUUUGCACAGCGACAGUAUCAAGGAAUAUAAACUCGGCCAGUGUGCGUUAAGUUAGACACGAAUCCAAUUAGGAAAUAAUUUCUUUUUAUCAAUAAAAAACGAUUUUUUAUCCAUCUUUGUUCACAGAGCUUUUGUACGAUAAAGUUUUCCGAAAGUAUUUUUCCGUUGAAGCGUAUUCGUAGAUGAAAUUACGAAGUUUGCAAACAUUUUCUAAUUAUAUAGAGAAAUUGCUUAUGCAUCGAUCCACAAUUCCCACUCACAUCCACACUGAAUAUAAUAUUUUAAUAAUGAAGCCUCGAAUAAUGCAUGUUAGAUGAAUUCUCGCUAUAAUGAGCUUGAGCACAUCAUUUGAAAUGAUAUUAGCUGAGACUCAGCCAAAUAACGUUACAGGUAAUAUCUGAGCUUAUUUUUUCGAGAUGUGCAUGUAAGCCGAACUAAUUUCCAGCUCUGUUUGAAGUCAAUCAAAGCUUUCGUGGGAAUAUUUUAGUUG